CCAGCCAGCCCUUGUUGGCUUGCCGUCCUCCAUCUGGCUUAUAAAAGUUUGCUGAGCGCAGUCCAGAGGGCUGCGCUGCUCGUCCCCUCGGCUGGCGGAAGGGGGUGACGCUGGGCAGCGGCGAGGAGCGCGUCGCUGCCUCUGGCGGGCUUUCGGCUUGAGGGGCAAGGUGAAGAGCGCACCGGCCGUGGGGUUUACCGAGCUGGAUUUGUAUGUUGCACCAUGCCUUCUUGGAUCGGGGCUGUGAUUCUUCCCCUCUUGGGGUUGCUGCUGUCCCUCCCGGCCGGGGCGGAUGUGAAGGCUCGGAGCUGCGGAGAGGUCCGCCAGGCGUACGGUGCCAAGGGAUUCAGCCUGGCGGACAUUCCCUACCAGGAGAUCGCAGGGGAACACUUAAGAAUCUGUCCUCAGGAAUAUACAUGCUGCACCACAGAAAUGGAAGACAAGUUAAGCCAACAGAGCAAACUCGAGUUUGAAAACCUGGUGGAAGAGACAAGCCAUUUUGUGCGCACCACGUUUGUGUCCAGGCAUAAGAAAUUUGACGGAGUCAAGUACUUAUUCCCAUGGAACAUUCUGAGAUAACAGCAUCGAAGAAACAAAGAUCAAAGAGGGUCGUGUGCUGUGGGGGUGAAAAUAUUUUCAGG